GGCAGCAUUAUGGAUAAGGUGCCAUUCAGGCUAACCAUAUGUAGCAUAUCAUCUACAGGGGAUAUUUUAAAUGUUUAUCGUGGUCAUUUUCUAUUUCGAUUCUGGGAAUGAGCCUUCUAAUCAUUGACAGAAGUGUCCUACAUUAAUGAAAAGCCUUAAUGGUGGAACACAUCUUUUGUGUCCCUUUUUGCCUCAAAAGAUUCUGGGGAAAAAUACAAUCUACUUUUUGAAAGUAAACUGGAAAUAUGAUCAGAAUAAAACAGAUAAGACUGGCUUUUUCUUUCUAUUUAGAAUAUGUACUUAGUCAAAAUCAAACUAAUUUAGCCUGACAUGUUUAAAUAUGAUUGCCUGCUUCUUUCCCCCUCUCCCUCUGUGUUCUGACAGGCAGCGAAAAUGAGAAGCAUUUACGUUGUGGCUGGGUUGUUUAUAAUGCUGAUACAAGGCAGCUGGCAACGUUCCCUUCAAGACACAGAGGAGAAACCCAGAUCAUUCUCAGCUUCCCAGACAGAUCCGCCCAACGAUCCGGAUCAAAUGAUUGAAGACAAGCGCCAUUCACAGGGCACAUUCACCAGUGACUACAGCAAGUACUUAGACUCCAGGCGUGCUCAGGAUUUUGUGCAGUGGUUGAUGAACACCAAGAGGAACAGGAAUAACAUUGCCAAACGUCAGGAUAAAUUUGAGAGACAUGCUGAAGGGACCUUUACCAGUGAUGUUAGUUCUUAUUUGGAAGGCCAAGCUGCCAAGGAAUUCAUUGCUUGGCUGGUGAAAGGCCGAGGAAGGCGAGAUUUCCCAGAAGAAGUCAUCGUUGAAGAGCUCCGCCGCAGACACGCUGAUGGGUCUUUCUCUGACGAGAUGAACACAGUUCUUGAUAAUCUUGCCACCAGAGAUUUUAUAAAUUGGUUGCUUCAGACAAAAAUUACUGACAGGUGACUGCAUUUUAGUCAAUUCUGAAAACCAUCAAAAGUUUCUUAAAUAUUUGUUGUCAUAUUACUGCAGAAUGUUCUCUAUGUGGGGGAAAGAGUCUUCACAUUCAAAUAUAGUAAAAAAAUGCAUGUUUAAAUCACUUGAGAGUACAUUAUUAUAUUCAUUUUGAUCACUGCAGUUUUAUUAAUUCACGCAUUGAUUCCAAACACAUUU